AUGGGGGAGUAUUUGGGGUUCAACGACGCUUAUCAAAGAAGGUUUAAUUGGCGGGUAGGGGAUGGUCAGAAAAAUAAUAUUUAUGACGAUCCUUGGCUUGCGGAUGAAAAUGGGAGAUCUGUGACUUCAUCUCAGAAGGAGGAGCUUACCGUAGUACGAGAUUUAAUUGAUAAUGACACUAAAGAGUGGAAUUAUGAUCUUUUAGUGUCGAAUUUUGAUGAGAGGGAUGUACGGUGCAUCCUAUCAGUUCCUUUUAGCUCUCGAAAUCAGGAAGACAAGCUGACUUGGGCUUUCUCAGGGGAUGGCCUCUACUCCGUGAAAACAACUUAUAUGCUUUCUCAGACGAUUUUCACCGGGUCUGGGUUGACAUUUGGAGCUUGGACACAAUACCAAAGGUCAAGCACUUCUUAUGGAGAAUCUGUACAAACUCGCUGGCCACGUAUGCAAGUUCAUCUUCGAAGCAGACACAUGCAGGAUACUAAUGUGUGCCCUUGGUGUGUUUCCUCGCCCGAAACACUACACCAUGCUUUCUUUAAUUGUCCAGCAGUGCAUGACCUUUGGCGUGAGUGUGAUUGCUUGGCCCUUCUUGAUUUUGAUCCCUCGGAUGACUUUAAGGAGACCCUUAUGAAGUGGAGAAGAAUGGAUGCAAAGAAGUGUGUGAUUGGGGUGGCUCUUAUGUGGCACAUUUGGAACAAGAAGAACGAUAAAAUUUUUAAGGAAAAGUAG